AUGGCCUUGAUUGAAAAGCUCGCUUGGAAAAUUAAAAAUGAUGAUUCGCAGCUGAGUUCUUUGAUCAGAGCUAGAUUUAUUUCUAGUUUUGGAGCAUUUAAAAGUGGCUAUAAAAAAUCCUCUAUUUGGCCGGGAGUGAAGAGACUAUGGUCUUUUGUGAUAGAUAAUGAAAAAUGGUUUAUUGGCAAUGGGCAUAGAAUUGAUUUUUGGCAUGAUAUCUGGUGGGGCAAAAAUCCUAUUAGAGAGCUUGCUGAGCUGCCAGAUGAGGUUUUCUCGCCUCUCAACCACUCUGUAGCUGAUUUCAUAGAGAACGACCAGUGGUUUCUUCCUCAUGUUGAUUCUACUACGCUGAAGAAUGCUUUUACAAUUAUUAAAGAGAUUAAGCUGCCCUCCUCAAAUUCAAAUGAUCGCUGCCUAUGGGGUCUUGAUACGAUGGGGGUGUUCUCUAUGAAGUUUUCCUAG